AUGUUCAUACCAUUUGAGGUGAUAGCGAAGUGGCCAACGCCAAACAACGUCAGCCCCGAGACUCACAACCCAGUCAUGGUCGUCAUCAUCAUUUUCUUGAUGAUAUGUGUAACGGUUCUCAUGGGGAUUCGCCUCUAUACACGUCAGGUUAUUUCCAAUGGAGCUGGUCUGGAUGACGUCCUCAUUCUGCUGGCAUUUAUUCCAGCAAUAGCAUUUGCUAUUAUCGGUGUCAUUGGAGUGCUCAACCUUGGCUGGGACCGCCACGUUUGGGAUGUAAGACCGGCACUUAUCACCGCCUCCCUUCAGCUGAGUCUAGUUGUCCAGAUUCUCUUCGAUAUCGCGACGAGUCUGACCAAGCUGUCCAUGCUGGCUCUGAUAUAUCGCGUUGUGAGGGCUGGAUUAAGCACGAUGAGAUACUUUAUUGUUUUUUUCGCCUGUAUCGUCGGGCUGAACUGCCUGCUGUUCGUCUUUAUUACUCUGUUUCAAUGCAGCCCAAUCUCGGACUACUGGAAGGUUUCUCUCACUCCCCAGAAGUGUCUCAACCAAGCAUCGCACCUCCUGGCGGCGAGCAUAAUUAAUACGAUAACCGACUUCAUGACCGUGUUCCUCCCGAUCAAGACAGUUCUCGGCCUCCAUCUGCCGAAGAGGCAGCGCCUGAUAAUAUGCCUCCUCUUUUCCGGCGGCAUCGUAGCUAGCAUAGCCGGAGCUGUUAGGACCUACUUCUCGUGGCUAUGUGCAUCCACUCCUGAUCACGACACUACCUGGAUGGCCUACUAUGUGACGCUUACAAGCUCCGUCGAACUAUUCCUUGGCAUCAUAUGCGCCUCCCUCCCCGCGACAAAGCCUUUCUUCAGCCGUUACGGCCCUCGUCUGAUCGGACUGUCGACGGGGUCACAGGCGGCCGAGCCCCUGGCCGCCGAGGCAGGCAAAAGCUCGAGUGACACCGACUUCACGGUCACCGUUCGCCACCACGACGCCGCUUGGUUGCUGCCGGAGAAGUCGGCUCAAAGCCCCAACCCCGUGAGCCCGAUGUCGGCUCCUGACUUGAACAAGCCGUUGCCACAAAUCAGGACGGGGGCUCCGAGACCGUUCUCCUGGGAGGUCUAG